AUGUUCCCAUCCCUCCCUAACCCCGGGUUUUUCCUCUCCAGCCUCCCGAGCCGACCCCGUGCGUGACAUCCGCUGCGAGUUCUGCGGGGAGUUCUUCGAGAACCGCAAGGGGCUGUCGAGCCACGCGCGCUCGCACCUGCGCCAGAUGGGCGUCACCGAGUGGUCGGUGAACGGCUCGCCCAUCGACACCCUGCGCGAGAUCCUGCGCAAGAAAUCCAAGCCCUGCCUCAUCAAGAGGGAGCCGCCGGGCGCCGAGCGGGCGCCGGGCGAGGACGGCGCCGAGCCGCAGGCCCCGGGCGCGGCGCUGCCCCCGGCGCUGGGGCUGGCCCCGCUGGGCGGGCGGCCGACCAAGCCGGGCUCGGCGCUGGGGCUGGCGCCGCUGGGCGCCAAAAACGCCGGCGCCUUCCUGGCCGCCAAGAGGCCGCUGGGCGAGGAUCGGCUGGGAGCGCACGGCGAGGCCAAGCACAAGGCCUUCGAGCUGGGCUUCAAGGCCAAGGCGCUGCACGACAAGGCCUCAGCAGAGGCGUGCUGCGAGCUCUGCGGGCUCUACUUCGAGAACAGGAAGGCCCUGGCCAGCCACGCCCGCGCUCACCUGCGCCAGUUCGGCGUCACCGAGUGGUGCGUCAACGGCUCGCCCAUCGAGACGCUGCGCGAGUGGAUCCGGCACCGGCCCCACAAGGCCGGCGCCUACCGCAGCUACAUCCAGGGCGGCCGGCCCUUCUCCAAGAAGUUCCGGAACUCGGCGCUGGGCCCGCAGCAGCGGGAGCCGCGGCGCGAGGCGGCGCCGCCCUUCCCGGCCCCGGGCGGCGGCCCCGGGGAGCGCGACGGGAGGGCGGCGGAGGGAGCGGAGCGCGCGCUGGGAGCGGCGCUGGGAGCGGGCGUGGUGAAGGUGGAGGAGCAGAGGGGCAACUUCAGCAAGUUCGAGCGGCGCCAGGCGCGGCCGCCGGAGCCGGGAUUGUGCCGCGACGCCGCCGCCGGCGCCGAGUUCCCGCGGAAGCUUCCGGAGCCGCGGCCGCCGCCGCCGCGCGUGCGCCCGGUGCCGGCGCUGGUGCCGCGCCCGCCGCAGACCUCGCUCGUCAAAUUCGUGGGCAACGUCUACACCCUCAAGUGCAGGUUCUGCGAGGUGCAGUUCCAGGGCCCGCUCUCCAUCCAGGAGCAGUGGCUGCGCCACCUCCAGCGCCACAUCCUGGACAUGAAUUUCUCCAAGUCGGAUCCGUGCCGGAGCGAAGCCGCCGCCGAGCCGCCGCCCUUGGCCCAAGCUCCCUGAGCCUCGCGUUCGUUUGCGGUUUUAAUUUUAUUUUUAUUCCUCUCCCUCCUCGCCCCUUUCCGAAAAAAAAAAGAAAAAAAAAAAAAUCCAGAAAGGGGAAAAAAAAAAGAAAAAAAAAACCCCAAACCCAACCAAAAUUCCAGGCGGGAAUCUCCUCCGUGGAUUUUUUUUUUUUUUUUUUUUUUCCUUCUGGAAAAUUCCUCGAUCUUUCCGGAAAAUUCCUCGAUUUUUCCGGAAUAUUCCUCGAUUUUUCCGGAAAAUUCCUCGAUUUUUCCGGAAAAUUCCUCGAUUUUUCCAGAAAUUUCCUCGAUUUUUCCGGAAAAUUCCUCGAUUUUUCCGGAAAAUUCUUCGAUUUUUCCGGAAAAUUCCUCGAUUUUUCUGGAAAAUUCCUCGAUUUUUCCGGAAAAUUCCACGACUUUUCCGGAAAAUUCCUCGAUUUUUCCGGAAAAUUCCUCGAUUUUUCCGGAAAGUUCCUCGAUUUUUCCGGAAAGUUCCUCGAUUUUUCCGGAAAGUUCCUCGAUUUUUCCGGAAAAUUCCUCGAUUUUUCCGGAAAGUUCCUCGAUUUUUCCGGAAUAUUCCUCGAUUUUUCCGGAAAAUUCCACGAUUUUUCUGGAAAAUUCCUCGAUUUUUCUGGAAAAUUCCUCGAUUUUUUUCGGGGGUGGGGAGGAGGAGAAAAGAGCCCCGGGGCCGGGGACACCCAAAGCACUACAGGAGCGCGGGAAUUCCCGGAAUUCCCGGAAUUCCGCCCCUUUCCCGUUCCCGGGAGGAAAUAAAACGGAAAAUCCGACAAAAAAUCCCUGGUUUUAUCCCAAAGAAGCGGCGGCGCCUGGGCGGGGAGGGAAUUCCCAGAAUUCCCAGAAUUCCCAGAAUUCCCGGGAUGGGGAAAUCCCGCUGCCUUUUGUACAUUUUGGACCCUCGGAGAGUUGUAAAUUCCCUUUUUUUUCCCCGGUUUAUUUUGGGGUUUUAGUUCUGUUUUUCCACUGCCCCGUCGAUGUCGGAAUUCCCUCGGUUCCUUCCCGAAAUUCCCGAUUUUUCUUCGCCUCCCUCCCGGAUUUUUCCUUUCUCCCAUCCGAAUUCCCGCGGGAUUCUUCGCCGAGCCCCAAAUUCCCGCGGGAAUCCCCGAAAUUCCGGGAGGAUUCGGCUCCGGUUUUUCCCCAAAUUCCCUUUUUUUGGUUUUUUUUUUUUUGGUUUUAUUCCCGAUUUUUUUCCCCCCUCAUCCCGAAUUUUUUAAACUCUAGAUUUGUGUAGAAAACCAAGGAGCAGAACGAAAAAAAUUCCGUUUUUCUUUGGGAAUCCCCAAACUUCCGGAUUUCCGGAGGGAAUUUUAAUGGAGAAAUUUUUUAUUCUUAUUUUUAUUUUCCUGUUUUGUUUCGGGUUUUUUUC